AUGGGUGAAAAAUGGGUUGGCGGGGAUGUUGCAAACACCGUUGGAGGCGGUCAAAAGGUGAAACUUUUAAAGCGCGAGUUGGAGUCUAUGAAGAAUGAAAAGGACCUGCUGGUAUUGUUUGUUGAUAGUUACGACGUUAUUCUGUUGGAUACGAAGCAAAAUUUAUUGAAGGCAUAUAAAAGUCUCGGGGCCUCGGUUAUAUUUGGAGCUGAAGAUUUCUGUUGGCCAGAGAAAAGUCUUGCGGAUGUUUAUCCCACCGUCAAGCCCGGACAGAAACGAUUCCUCAACUCUGGAGCUUUCAUGGGGCCUGCCUCACAUCUGUUCAAAAUUGUAUCAGCAUUCGAAAUUAAAGAUGAUGAUGACGAUCAACUUUACUACACAAAUAUAUUCCUCAAUUCAGAGAUGCGCGUGGAGCUUAACUCUCUAAGCAAUUAUUUGGCCUAUACAUGGACGCCCAAAAUGGGUUGCCAGCAUUGCGAUGAAACAGCUAUCACAAUGGAUGGACCAGAGAAAUCGGCUGAUUUCCAGAAGAAGAUAGCACAAAAUUUCACUGAAAACUACGGUGCACAGUACCGUUCAGUUACCUGGUUUGAUUCACUUGAAGACGAAGGCGAAGGCAACGCACGCUAUCGUGCUAUGACACACUGCCUCGAUAUGGAAGAAUGCCAAUUUAUGUUUUCCAUCGACGCUAUUGUCCAAUUGACUGACGCGAACACUUUGGAACACCUGGUUCGCGCAAACCGAUCUUUCUUGGCACCAAUGGUGACACGCAGAGAGAAAUUGUGGUCCAACUUUUGGGGAGCGUUAUCCAAAGGAGGCUAUUACGCGCGGUCCGAUGACUACGUAGAGAUUGUGGAAGGAACAAGAAAGGGAGUAUGGAACGUUCCUUUAAUACGCGAUGUGUAUUUGCUUUCGCGCAAGGCAGUACAACAUAUAAUGGAUAAACAGCUGAUAUCUGCAACAGAAGUUGAAAUGGAAUUGUGCCGAAUUGCAAGAGAAAAGUCACUGAUCAAAUAUACAAUUGCAAUCCUUAAAGAUGCUAUCGUUUUGUUUCAGAAUAUUUUCAUGCUGGUAGACAACCAGCGUUCCUUCGGAUACUUGAUCUACGCUGACACCUAUACUGGAGAACACCUUCACAAUGACCUGUGGCAAGUAUUUGAUAACCCCUUGGAUUGGGAAGAACAGUACAUUCACAAGGACUACCACAAACUGGUUGCCCCGACGGUUGGUAUGACUGAUAUUGAACAACCAUGCCCGGAUGUUUUCUGGUACCCCAUGGUAACGGAGAAGUUUUGUCGACAACUGAUCGAAGAAAUGGAACAUUUUGGACAGUGGUCCGACGGCAAAAACUAUGAUCCGCGUCUAGAAGGCGGGUACGAGAAUGUGCCGACGCGUGACAUUCACAUGAGGCAAGUCGGAUGGGAAGAACACUGGCUUCAUAUCCUACGCAAGUACGUGCACCCCAUGCAAAUGAAGUUAUUCCAGGGGUACGACGAUAAGGGUGGUGGUAUCCGGUUUGUGCGCUACAACUGUUCCGUUAAGGAUACCAAAGUCGGUUGGGUUCUGGUGAGCCCCGGCCGCGUCACACACCUGCACGAAGGACUGGAAACCUCGUCCGGAACGCGAACGAGACUUGACUAUGGUACUGCUGCGACAUACUCCUGCACGGCUGGUGAACUGGUCAAGUUGGAACGUUUAGAACGUGCUGCCACUAGACUUGCUGGACUAUGA